AUGUCAUCGACAUCAUUUAGUAUCAUCAGCAUUCAGUUUAGUAUCUAUGCUGGUUUACCGAUAUUUAUUUUUGGUAUAAUCGGAAAUAUGAUUAAUCUUCGUCUCUUAUUUUCUACACGUACAAAUUCAUGUUCAUUUGUAUUAUUUAUUUCAUCAUUUUUCAAUCUCAUCGCACUAUCAGUAGGUCUUCUUCCAAGAGCUUUAGCCAUAGGAUUUGGUAUUGACGCAUCAUUGACUAAUCUAUUCUGGUGUAAAAGUCGUCUGUUUAUUUCUUAUACCAGUACCAUUACAUCUUUAACAUGCAUUUGUUUUGCUUCUAUCGACAGAUUUUUUGCUUCAUGUCGAAGUGUAUCAUGGCGUAAUCUAAGUAAGCUGAGCACAAUAAAAAUGGCUAUUAUUAUAGUUAUUCCAAUAAUUAUUGCUAGUAAUGUACCAUUUCUAUUUUUCUAUACAAUUCUUGAAGUAAAGUCAGCCACAGGUAAUAUUACUACAAGAUGUUCUUCCAUUAAUCCAGGUUGGACUCUUUAUAUAAGUUAUUUCGUUCGACCUAUUCUUCUUAGUAUAUUACCUGGUAUGAUAUUAUGUAUGAGCGGUUGGCUUACAUAUCGUAAUAUCAUUUCCAUUACUGGUAUUCAACUACGUGGCACAUUUCAGCGAAGUUUAACUUCAAUGGUAUUCUUACAAAACGUGAUUGUUCUCAUUCCAAUAAUACCUUUUGCAACAUUUAAUGUCUAUCAAAUUAUCACAUCGUCAAUAGCCAAAACACCUUAUCGUUUAGCGCAAGAAGCAUUGAUUCUUGAUAUAACUAAUAUUAUUUUAUACAUUAGUUAUGCGUCGAAUUUUUAUACAUAUAUUAUUUCGGUGUCAUCUUAUCGUCGAAAUUUUCUACGACUUGUUCUAUUUUGUUAUAGUCGAAACCAUUGGAACAAUCAUAUUGAACCUAUGCCAAGAGAACAGCUUCGAUGGUAA